CAAUUAAUUUGUGUGUGUAUGUCAACCCUUACAUCCAGCUUACAGAACUGAUGAGCACGGCGUGCUUGUGAACGCACACAACACGUAUCAUGGUGUUAGGACUGAUUACAACAGCUGCAGCUCUGAAAGCUGCCCUUGGUGCCACAGGAUCCAGCUUGUGGUUGAUACCACUUCUCAUCACUGGCCUUGCUUACUAUCGCUACGACACUCUGGACCCAGAGUCACGACCCAUCAACCAGUAUCCACUGUAUAAGGAAUAUGAUUUUGUGGUCAUCGGUGGUGGCUCGGCAGGUGCUGUAGUUGCCAGUCGUCUUUCAGAGAUACCACACUGGACUGUACUGCUGCUGGAGUCGGGAGACGAUGAGAAUGAAAUCUCUGAUGUACCAUCACUGGCAGCCUACUUACAGCUCAGCAACCUAGAUUGGCAGUAUAAAACAGAACCAUCGGGAACAGCAUGCCUUGGCAUGAAAGGCGGAAGAUGUAACUGGCCAAGGGGAAAGGUUCUUGGUGGUUCCAGUGUCUUGAAUUACAUGCUGUACGUCCGUGGAAACAAACAAGAUUACGACAAUUGGGAACUGAUGGGAAAUACUGGUUGGGGGUAUCACAAAGUGCUUCACUACUUUAAAAAAUCAGAAGACAACCGAAACCCUUAUCUUUCAAGAACAAAGUACCACAGUGUGGGAGGGUACCUUACAGUGCAAGAAUCUCCAUGGAGAACACCACUCAUGAUAGCAUUUCUGGAAGCUGGACUAGAAAUGGGAUAUGAAAAUAGGGACAUUAAUGGUGAAAAACAGACUGGCUUUAUGAUUGCCCAAGGAACAAUUCGACGAGGGUCCCGAUGCAGUACAGCUAAAGCAUUUCUCAGACCUGUGCGUUUGAGGCCUAAUUUACACAUCGCAAUGAAGUCACAUGCAACUAGAAUUUUUAUCGAGCCUCGCACAAUGAGGGCAUAUGCUGUAGAGUUUGUGAGAAAUGGAGUACGACAAAUUGUGAUAGCGAGAAAAGAGGUCAUUGUUUCAGCUGGUGCAAUUAAUUCACCUCAGUUACUGAUGCUGUCUGGAAUUGGUCCCAAGGAACAUUUAGAUAAAAUUGGGAUACAUACAAUAAAGAAUUUACGAGUUGGAGAUAAUCUACAAGACCAUGUAGGAAUGGGUGGAAUGACUUUUAUUGUUGAUAAGCCUGUAGCCAUAAUACAAGAAAGGUUUCAAACAAUUCCAGUUGGCAUGGAAUAUCUAAUUCAUGAAAGAGGUCCAAUGACCACGCUCGGUGGUGUAGAAGGUCUUGCUUUUGUCAAUACUCGGUAUGCAAAUAAUUCAGGACUGUAUCCUGAUAUUCAGUUUCAUUUUGCACCCGCAUCAGUAAAUUCUGAUGCUGGUGCAAGAGUGCGAAAAGUACUUGGCCUCACCGACAGAGUUUAUAACAAAGUUUACCGACCUAUUGCAAAUGUUGAUUCUUGGACGGUUCUUCCCCUUUUAUUGAGACCUCGAUCAAGGGGAAUUGUCCGGCUACGCACAGCAAAUCCUUUCCACUAUCCUCUUAUUUAUCCUAAUUACUUCAGUGAUCCGUUUGAUAUAGCAACUUUAAUAGAGGGUGUAAAAAUUGCCUUACGUGUCAAUAAUGCUAGAGCAUUUAGGCCUUAUAACUCAAGACUGCACAGAAUUCCACUUCCUGGAUGUCAAAAAUAUAGAUUUGGAACAGAUCGGUACUGGGAAUGUGCUAUAAGAAGCAUAACAAUGACGAUAUACCAUCCAGUAGGAACAUGUAAAAUGGGACCUUCCUGGGAUGAAACUGCUGUGGUAGAUCCUAGAUUGCAUGUGUAUGGCAUCAAAGGUUUAAGAGUGAUUGAUGCAUCAAUUAUGCCCACUAUUGUAAGUGGAAACACAAAUGCUCCUGUAAUAAUGAUAGGUGAGAAAGGUGCAGAUCUAAUUAAACAGGACUGGCUCUGGCAGAAAAAAUAAAGUAAAAAAGUUAAUAUAGUAAAAAUUCAUACUGUGCUAACAAUUUUUUCAUAAAAUAUAAUCCACUGUUACUGCAGAGAGUAUAUUUGUUUUUUAAAUAUGGUAAUCUCAUUAAUGUUCAAAAGCUAAAGGAUAUUGACUACAUUGUACCCAGUAAAAAAAAUUGGAAACCAAAAGAUAGUGUGGCCAUAUUAUUAAAUAUGUUUUCUAUUUUUUACUUCAUGAUUAAAUUAAUCCAUGGAUAAAUAUUAAAAAUUAAAUCAUCUAAUCCAUGGAUAAAUAUUAAAAAUUAAAUCAUCUAUCAGCCUCACCAUCACAACUUCACUGUCAUAACUUUACACAAAGAAACUUGAGGAUUACAAAUACCAAUGGACUAAGUGACUAGUUCUAAAACAGGCAUGUGUUGUUGUCAAAUAUAUCUUGAAUCACAAUUUAUUCCACUGCUUCCUCGUUGUACCUUUAAUCCACUCUAUCUAAACUUGUUAAUAAUUAUUCUUUGAGUUACUCAACUGCUUGUAAUAAUAUUUUCUUUAACCACACAUGCUCAGAUUUCUUUAUAACUAUAAACUCAAAUGCAAUUUGACACAGUUGAAACAAACUUGAAAUUUCGGUUGGAAUCCAAGUUUUCCAGACAUGAAUUUGAAACUAUUUUUAAGUUCAUGCUUUUUCUGGUGACCAGAAAUUAUGGUGUAAGCAAUUCAAGUGUAUUACUAUUUUAUUUGGAAAAUAUUUUACAGAAAUAAAUUUAUAUUUAUAUAAUGAAACCUCCUUACUCACAAGAAUACAGUUAAAACAAAACCCUCAUGUAUGUUUUCUUAGUGGAUUUUUGUUGCUUAGUGUUCACACAUUUUUGGGCUACAAUAAGAUAUUACAUGUGUUCUGCUACAAUACUUUAAAAUGAAGCGGGGGGAGAAGGGUAACCACAGUGGACAUUAGCAUCUUACACAAGCCUGUUAGAAUUAUGAAGAGUUACGAUGUGUUUGAGAAUAUGAGAAACAUUUUUAUGAUAAUAUUAUUCAAGAAUUUCUGCAGCCUUCAUUUUCCUAAGCUUCGGAUUUUAAAAAAAAGCAAGAUGAAAAUAAAAUAAGAAUAUUUAGUUAAUAUUUAGCAACCUGCUGACCCUGAAAAGUACAUUAAGUUGAUUUUUCUCAACAAGUCACUAUUUUUUAUAAAUCACCAGCACUACUGACAUUAAAAAUAGUUUUACCAGUACUAUAAUAAAUCAUUUGCAUCUGCAUGGUACAACGUUUCAGCUUAAGACUGCCUCAUAUAUUUUUCAACUCAGUUUCUCAAGGAAGAAUUUAUUGAUUCUGAGCCCUUUUUUAUAAGCCACUGAUUUUAUUCUCACAACUAUUAGAAAAACACAUCUGUCUUACUUUCCUACCCAAGGAAACAACUUUAGCAUUCAUUAAAAUUUUGCACACAAUUUAAUUAGUUUGUGUUUGAAUCACAUCUUCAAUGAAACAAACAAGCAUAUAAUCCUACGAAACAAGAAAGUAAAAAAUGCCUUAAUACAAUAGAUUUUGUCAAGAUGAUAGCCCGUGUUUGAAGCAUAAAACAAGGAUGGCUUAUAUUUACUGAGAAUAAAAAAUUAACUCAUGAUCGAAAUGAUAUUGAUUUGCUGUAAACUACAAAGCAGUAUACAAACAUGCAGAAUUUUUUUGUAAAACUCUUGUGUGUAUGUUUAAAUGUUUUAAUUUCUCAAGAAGGAAAAUCAGCCUAACUUUGCAUCCUAACCUUUAUUCUAGUUUGCCUACAGCAAAACUCAUAACAUGCCAUGACCUUAAAAAUAGUUGGAAUAGUGACCAAAUCCUAGUGACCAAUAGUGACUUACAAAUAGACUUAAAAUGUUACCAAUAGUGACUUUUCUUUCCAUAUUUCUGGUAUUUUAUUAGGAUAAAAUUGGCUUUUAGAUACCAUAUGAGUUUGUCACAUCAAUGAUUUAUUCCUUGUUAGGUGUAUUUUUUGCAACAUAUUAGUUUUUUGUAACUAGCUUUUUGCCUACAUCUAGGCAAUGCCAGUUUUGACUGGGUUUGGUAAAAGCCCUCCCACAUGGAAUAAUUGAGUACACUUAUCUUGGUGGUGGUUGAGUGGUCAAAUCACAAUCAAGCACGGAUGUUUCGCAAAUAGGAAACAUGGCAAAAUUUGCUGGAAGUUAGUGGUUUUCUCCAGGUACUCCUGUUUUUCUCACCAAUUCAUUCCGUUAAUACUCCAUCCUCAUAUCACCCUUUCUCAACUUUAAUGACCAUGAUGUCAACAUGGCAUUAAGCCCAUUUAUUCGUUAAUUUAUUCAUGCCACUAAAAUUCUUAACCUAUUUAGAAUGAAGUCUGCCACUAUUAUAUAUAAGUUUUUACAAGCCAUUAAUUCUUAAAAUUAUAACCCCCCACCCCCCUCCAAAUUGUUUAAGCCAAUUCCAAAAAUAUGAAGAUUAUGCACUAAAACUUUAAUUACAGAUAUUUAUCCACAAAGAUUUAAGCUAUGGCAACUAUAAAUGAAAAGAAAGCUCAAUGUUGAACAAGUAAUUUACCAUUUCAUCAGAAGCACAAAAAUAGCAAGAGAUCCUACAAAUUGCACCUAAAAAUAACAAUAAAUUUAAAUAGCCAAAACAAGUAACCCAACCAAAUAUUUUAACUAUAGUAUUAGGCUUUAACUGAAGCCCAUGCUUGGUAUGGUCAUGAUUUACUAUAAAAACCAAAAGCCUAAAAAAAAUGCAACUAUUUUUGAUGGCAUAUUCAAACCCUAUGUACGCCUGCAACACUUGGGUUAUCAGUCUGCAGGAGCAUAUUCUAAUCCUCCAGAUAUUCUUCAUAUGGACUUCACAGAAAAUUAUGUCCAAAUAAAAUGUGCCCAGGCCUAGAAUAAAUGCAAUCAUUUACAAAAUUUAAAAAAAAAAGUAACUAAGUUAAUUUUCUGGAAAGAAAGUUACUUUCAGUGACCUCAUCAAAAAAUGUGACUUUUAUUUGCAAUAUAGACUUUUUAUAAGCCCUGCUACAGUCAUCUUUGUGUGCUGCAUAUCACAUUUCACAUUUUUUUUAUCAUGAGGAACUUUAUAAAUGUUUAGUGAUCUCCAUAGACGUUUUCAUUUUUCCUGACUUUUCCUGUGAUGGUUAUGAACUUUCUCUACAAAUAUACAACAUAUAUAGUAUUUUGAAUAUAAGUAAUGAAUGUAAACAACAGUGAGCAGAAAAGCUGGUCUUUACUUACAUAAAUUCUCGGAGAACUUCAAAAAAAAGUUUGUGUUUAUUGAAUUCAUUUACAAUAUGUAGCAUCCUCAUGAGUCAAGCAAGUUAAUGUUUAAGAGCAGUGAACUACCUAACUUAUUCUGAAGGUAUGAAAACUCUUCAGCCACAACAAAUGAUUUAUGUAAAUUGUAAAAACAUUUUAAAAAGUGAGCUCUUUCCAACAGUUUCUCCGCAAAUGCCAUUUUGUCAACUAGUCUCAACAACUUGGGUCCAGAAAUUAUGUAAUCACACCUGCAAACACAAAAAUUAAUUUUCUUGUGUGACUCAGUUGACAAGUAGAUAUUUGCUUCUCCUGUAAAUCACCAGAGGGAAAAAACAAAUGAUACCAAUUUUAAAAAUUCAAUUUGUUAUAUGGUCACCAGACCACCAAUGUAAACAAAGAUACGUGGUCUUGAUUUAAAAGCACAUUUCACUAAAUCAUAUUAUGAUAGUUGCAUACUUGCGCAGCGUAAGUUAGUUUUUUUAUUAAAACACAUUAAUACCCUUUAAUCUACUAUUUUUUUUUUUUCAUUUAAUGUCUUCUUAUUUACAGAUGCUCCAUUAGCAUCUCGUCACCUUUCAUCCUUUCUAAUGACAUUGAUGUCAACAAGACAUGAAACUUAUUCAAUUCUAUUUUUUUAUGGUUUACUCACUGAUAGAAAAAUCAAUAAAUCAAUUAAAUGUUUUACUUGAACACAUUUUAAAUAAAAAACAGAAGAUCUACUGAUACACAUUAAAAUAUUUAAUAAUGGUAAUUCAUUCACCAUUGUGAACAAAAAAAAUUAAAAAAAUAAUUUUAGGGAUGCUAUAGCCUCUAAGCACCCACAUGCAUAGAGUGCAAUUCUGGUACGCAAAGUGCUGUAGUAACCUAGCAUUCAAUAGGUGGGUGAAAAUAUCAUUUUGGAUGAUUUAUGAAUAAGUGAAAUAAAUAUGUGAUAAUUUGGCCAAAGAUAAAAUCUGACACAAAUAAGAAACAAAACUAGGGCAUGUAGAAUUUUAAGUUUAUUUAUUUGUUGCAUAAGUUAGUGAAAAAUUGUGCAAUUUUUUUUGUAAACAUAAUUUGUUAAUGCAUAAGUACAUGAGUAAGCAACACAUUUAAUUUAUAUUGCAUGCUAAAACUUCAUUCAUUUUGUGUAUACCAAAUAAUUAUGAGACAUUAAUGUCUUACUUAAAUAAAGCUAAAACUAUUCUCAAAAUGAUUCAGAGCAAAUAAAAGAAACACUUAUUUCCAACAACAUAAUUUGAAACUUCUACCCCAGACAUAAUAAUAAUUAAUUAUAAUAACCUUAUAUUUUCCUGUAUAACUAAAAAUAUUUGGUUUUGAUAAAUUUUACUAUAGGUUUUUUUACUUCAAAUUUUGGUAUUUACAUUGUUAAUACCUGUAUAUGAAUACAUAUAGGAAAUAACAGAUAGCCUCAAAUCAACAAUAUUCUUCCACACAAAAUUUUACAAGAUAUACCUACAAGUUUGGAGAAGAAAUUUAAUGUUUAUAAAUUAAUUCUGAAAUUUUUUUCAAUGCCAAAACUGAUCCAGAUUGCAAGACAUGGAAAGUCACAAUAAUUUCUGGCUACAUUUUGAAAGAAAACAAAAACAUCAACAUUAAUUUUUUUCAUAAUGCAGUUAGUUAACUUGAUUUAAAAUAAUGCAAUUAUUUCAUUCUACUCAUAUUACUUUGGGUGAAUGUAAUGAUACUUUGAUAUUGGGCAUAUUUUUUCUUACUACACAUUUAUUUGCUUUUUUCCACAUUUCUUUGUUUCACUUUACUAAAAAAAUUUGUUAUUUAAAUGCAUGUUUAAAACCAACAAAUACUUAAAGUAUAUGUUGUACUCUAAGAAUAGCAUUAAAAUGGUUUUGAAUUUUUUUCCAGAGGUUUAACUGAAAAGGAACUGAAAUACUUUAAAAUAAUUGAUUUUAAUAAUGUUUGUUUCACUGUUAGAAUGCAAAUGGUCAGUAGCUUUUUUUUAAGUGGUGUGUAAAUUUGUGUUUUUUUUUAACAGUGGAUAAUUGAAAACAUGAGCAAAAAUAAAGAUGGCAUUAAUUUUGCAAUUAUUAACAGUGUGAAACAGCUUUUGUUCCUAAAGAAAGUGCCAUGCUUCUAAAAUCACUUGAUUUGCCAAAACAGAGGUAUAUUUUGGUCUCACCAUAAUGAUUACCAGGUCCCUACUCCCAAGUGCACAUGUACAACCCAUUUAUAUUUUAAUACAUUUCGAAUCUAGAAUAACAAAAUUCAUCCUAUGUAUGGUUUAUGUUGUUGUUUUCUAAUUUACUAAUGUAUAUAUAUUGAAGAGUUGUAUUUCUGCUGUCAAUAAAGGCCAUAUUUCACAGA